AUGGGAAACUUUUGUCAGAAGCAUUGUGCCUGUUUGGAGUCCUACAUCCCAUGCUUAUUCUCAAGGAGAGACAGUGAGCAGGAUGAGAAAGUUGGCCAAGUCUUUACCAACCUUGCUGUGGUAAGGCAUGAUUUCCAAGCAGGACAGAAAGACAGAGAGAGUAAGAUAAAAGAGAAACCUUUACCUCCACUGCCUGGCCAGCAUUUGGUGAAUAUUUGCAGAUUUGUGGCACUCUUUGACUACGAGGCUCGCACUGAGGAGGACUUGAGCUUCCAAGCUGGGGAUAAGCUUCAAGUGCUGGAUGCAUCCCACGAGGGCUGGUGGUAUGCUAGGCUCCUCCUGCCAACAGGGUCAAUCUCUCCUGGCCGCAAGCUCCAGGGCUACAUCCCCGCCAACUACGUUGCUGCUGACCAGAGCAUCGAAGCUGAGCCAUGGUUUUUUGGCCCAAUCAAACGAGCAGAUGCUGAGAGACAACUGUCAUACCCUGGAAACCAGGCAGGAACCUUCCUAAUUCGAGAAAGCGAAAGUCUAAAAGGCGAAUACUCACUCUCAGUUUUUGAUGGUGUUUCUGUGAAGCACUACAGGAUCAGAAAGCUGGAUGAAGGAGGCUUUUUCCUAAGCAGAAGGAAAACUUUCAAGACUCUGAAUGAGUUUGUUGACUAUUACAGUAAGAACAGUGAUGGCCUCUGUGUGGUGCUCGGAAAGCCAUGCCUAAAGGUACAAAUUCCUACUACUUUUGAUCUGUCAUAUAAAACUGUCGAUCAGUGGGAGAUAGACCGACAAUCUCUGAAAUUAGUGAAAAAAUUAGGAUCUGGUCAGUUUGGUGAGGUCUGGGAAGGCCUGUGGAAUAAUACCACCCCUGUGGCAAUCAAAACAUUAAAACCAGGUUCAAUGGAUCCAAAGGACUUUCUGAGGGAAGCACAAAUAAUGAAGAACUUGAGACAUCCAAAGCUUAUACAGCUUUAUGCUGUCUGUACUUUGGAGGACCCAAUUUAUAUUAUUACUGAGCUGAUGAGCUAUGGAAGUCUUCUAGAAUACCUUCAAAAAGAUGCAGGAUCCCAAAUCUUCCUGCCACAUCAAAUAGACAUGGCUGCUCAGGUGGCUUCUGGCAUGGCUUACCUUGAAUCUCAGAACUACAUCCAUCGGGAUCUUGCAGCCAGGAAUGUUCUUGUUGGUGAACAUAGUGUUUACAAAGUGGCAGACUUUGGACUUGCAAGAGUUUUUAAGGUAGAAAAUGAAAACGUAUACGAAGCUAGGCCUGAAACAAAACUCCCAGUGAAAUGGACAGCCCCGGAGGCCAUCCGCUAUAACAAAUUCAGCAUUAAGUCAGAUGUCUGGUCAUUUGGAAUACUUCUCUUCGAAAUAAUCACCUAUGGGAAGAUGCCUUAUGCUGGUAAGAAUGAUGAGCCCUGCCCGCUGCCGCUCUACCAGCUGAUGCUGCAGUGCUGGAGCACGGAGGUGGGCGGGCGUCCCACCUUCGAGGCCCUCUGUGGGCAGCUGGAGGGCUACUUCGAGACCAACUCCUCUUCCUACACCCAGGCCCAGGCCGUGGUGAAGUGA